AUGAAGACAAUGGCGUGUUGCGAAUCGAAGGGUGUUGGCGCCGGGGAACUUCUCGCAUGGCUCAUGAACUCCGAGGGGGUCCAGCCGGCGGUUGAUGACUGUGUUGUGGCCAUGUUGACACUGGCUGUGCCGAAGAGAGUGAGACGUCCGAUAACAGAGAGAAAUCGGAUUGUGCAAUUUAUCAUUGCGGCGCCUAAAGACCCCUUGACCAAGUUAAUCAGAGACAACCAAGUGGGUACGGCUGACUCGGAUGAAGAGACUCCAUUGGCUGAGGAGGGGAGACGAUUUGGCUGGCUCCGCGCAUGCUCCCGCAUUUUAAUGGUCCGUUCCGAUCGUGAGACCUAUGGUCUGGCCGAGGGUAUGGCCAUGAGUGAGCUUAGGGAGUACUUACAACACGUCGACCCGGGGAAUAAGUUCUCCGAAGUCACCGAACGAAUAUGUCACGAGAGCGCGGGUCGGUCGAUGUCGGAGUUGCGAGAGAUACAGAAGAAGGCGUACGAAGACCUGGAUAAUGAGCAAUUGAAGGUCGCGACCUGCAGACCCCUGACGCGUGAGGAGCUCGAAGACCUUCGCGCUUUCUCAGAUACACUGUCAGAAGAGUGGCUGUCGUUGUUACGUCGAUACAGGGGGUUUGACGUCCCACCCGAUUUAGGUAACGGUUCAGAUGUCGAGGCUGGUCGGUCUUGCUGUUCGACACAAUGUAUGCCGAAGCCAUGUAUCACGAAUCGUUGUCGCCUGGCUCUUUCUGUCAGUGCUGCCUUACUUGGUGGAUUAUCUGUAUGGGGGAUAUGGCACUGGGUGUCAUCUGAAUACGGUUCUUCCUUGGUCGAUGGGACAGCAGCUAAACGAAUGUUGGAGAGCUCGAGUACUCCAAGCACGGACCACACCGCCAUGAGCGAGGCAGAAACGAUCCCAUGGUAUGGGAGUCAGUUUAACGUUCCAUUGAGCAGACAGGCGUUGGACGGGCUCCGAACCAUGAAGUCGGAAUGUCAGGAGGCGCUCAACUCAUCGGGCUACAUGGAUGGCAGCUGGCCCAUUAUGAAUCGGGUGUUAGGAUCAUAUCCGUGUGAGGCUCACAGUGGGCAAUUGCUGUGCGGAACACGUGACGCUAACAUGACUCGCACGUGCCAUCAUUUUGGCGGUCCAUGGACGUACGACGCCUUUGCGGUGAGGAAUGCGAUUGGGAACGACCAAGAUUGCGUUGUACGCUGCGAUAAUGAAACUGAAAUGGCGCGCCAUACGUGGGAGGAGGUCCACCGACGCUUGCGUUUCUUUCCUUCGUAUCGACCCUCCUACUCGAGCGAAGCGACCGUUGAGGAUUUCCAGAGCAUACUGGAUGACCGCUACCCUCUCGUUGGCAGCUGCUUAAUGCGGGGUUUCGACUGUGCUGACGCAUCCGAUUUCUGUGAUUUAGGAACUCUCGCCUGUCGCAUCCGUGACAAGGUGGAAAAUGUUUCGCGGAUGGUGGCGUCACUUCAUUAUGGAGUGCGUGUGCGAGAUGCGUUUGAACGCAUGACUCCGUUCAAAACUAAUGCCGAAAUCUACGAGACCGAAUGGUGCAGUUAUGAUUGUCGGCAGUUGAGUUCGUUGUACGCAAACGCCCUUAAAAAUGUGCUGGAGGCAGACCAUACAGAGGAUGGGAGGCUUUAA